AUGCGACCCCCGAUCCAUUCAACAGAAUCAGAAACAGGGCCGAUAUGAGCUCAAUCCAUCGCAAUUUAUGUCCAAAGAUUCACCCAACACCCAUCGAACAUACGACGAGGAAACAUGCACCCGGCGACAGAUGCGUGAUGUGAUCAUUGUGGACUCUUCUGAUCCUGUUGGUCCUGCUGAAGGUCUUUUUCAGAAACCAUUUUACGAGUCGCUUGCGAGGGCCCUGCGACCCGGUGGUGUGGCCUGCACGCAGGCAGAGAGUAUAUGGUUGCACCUUCCAAUUAUUAAGGAAGUCGUAUCUAUUUGCUCUGGAAUAUUCACUGGUUCUGUCAACUAUGCGUGGACGAGUGUCCCAACCUAUCCAAGUGGAGUGAUUGGGUUUAUGCUUUGCUCAACCGAGGGUCCAACAAAAGUGAAUUUUAAGAAGCCCGUUAAUCCCAUUGAAGGGAUUGUUACGGGUGAAGCUGCGAAGUCUAGACCAAUGAAGUAUUAUAACUUGGAGGUCCAUGAAGCGGCAUUCAUUCUUCCUCAAUUUGCGAAGAGCUUCUUGCAGGAUUCUCUCAGUACAUGA